AUUUAUAGGUUGUUACAGCAAUGAGACAUCGUUAACACUGUCGUUGCGGCAGGCGCGCCGGUGUCAUAACGGCGCAAUAAUGAUGCGGACGUAAUUACGGGAUAGCGAUUAGCCGUCUUCAGCUACUGUUGCCCUAUUCAAACAUUAUCAGCUGUUAGCUUCAUAGAGGUUCCAGGUGUAGCGAUCAUUUGUUAGACGUCGUUUCCAGCGCGUAAUUUUGUGAGUUCUGUGGUUGAUGAUUUGAUUGUUAAACUGAUAACGACCAGGCUUUGAGAAAGCCUCUGUUAGGUAAUUCGAUCCAACUAUUAGUGAGUACGUCACCUUUGAUCCGUCCAUCGAUAAUAGCGCGGUUCUGUGCGAGUCGUUCGUUCAGUGCCAGAUCUAAUGCUAUAGUACCUGGUAUUGUUGUUAUUGUGCUCGACGACACAAUUAUCGCGUUGACGCGACUGCCACCAAAAUCCAGCAAUCGUUUUCUGCCGCGGUGCCACACUGACGAACCCGAAGGACAGCAGAAAACCAUUGCGCUAACUAGCAUCGGCAGCAAAAUCAUCGAAAAGACGUGUAGGCUUAUAGGCAGUAGUUGUGCCUUGGAUAAGCAUCGAACAUAUUUUACGCGGAGUUUCACCAAAACUUAAAAAUGUGUGUGCUAAUAUUUUAUAUGAACCCGGGCGAGAGAUCGCCGUCAGGUUACAAGCUGAUCUUGUUGAGUAUCCGAGAUGAGCUAUUUACGCGACCCACAGCGCAUGCUCAGUUCUGGCAGAAGAACCAGGAUGUCAUUGGAGGUCAGUUCGGUAUGGAUCUUGAGCCUGGCCGAGAAGGCGGUACGUGGUUGGCCUUUCACCGAAACGGCCGUUUUGCUUCUCUACUCAAUGUUCUUCAGAAGACCAAUGACGUUCAGGCCAAUAAACGGGGACGGGGUUUCUUGGUUGUGGAUUUCCUUAAAGGAACUGUUAAACCCAGUAGAUAUGUUCAGUCGCUGUACGAGAGCCGGGAGGAGUUCAACGGUUUUACAAUUGUCUGCGUUGAUCUGAAGGAAGGCCGGGGCGCAUUCAUGUGCAACAAGUCCCAACUGGGCGUACAGUUAAUUGAAAAAGGCUAUUACGCAUUUGGCAAUAGCAUACUACCCCGAAACUGGCCAAAAGUGGAUGCGGGAAAGAGACUUUUUCAAGAAGCAGUUGAAAAGAACAUCAAAUCUGAACGAGAGCUUGAGGAGUCGCUGUUCGAAAUCAUGAACGAUAGUACCUGCUACGGCAACGAUGAGUUCAUGCGACGUCAAACAGAUGAGCCCGAAGAAAUUCUCAACCUUCGAAGUUGCUUGAAGUUCUACAUUCCUAAAUACGACUACGGCUCGCGGACCCAUACCGUGGUUUUAAUUCGAGGUGACAACAGUGUUUUGUACGUCGAGAAAACUGUCGAGGACGGCAAGUGGGUUGAAAGGAAGACUGAGUUCAAGGUCGAUGUCUGAUUACACACAGUGAAGUUAUAGGACAAAUCGCCCAUCUUGUCAAACGUUUUGGCCUGCGCCCCUCAUCAUAACUAGUUUAUUGUCGUCGGUUAUCGCUUGCCCCGUAAAUCUUUAGCAUAGCUUUUAACUGUUUUACAAUAUAGGCUAUAAUAAUAAUGAUAAUAGACAAUGCAGGCAGUCCUGCAUUUGACAUUGAUUGUUACAGAUAGUUUAGCACAUUGGUUAGCUACAUAGUUAUGACGUAUCGCUAGGCUAGAGUUAACAAAUAUACCGUUUGCGUACCUUAAAUAACCAUUUCAAAUGUAAGCCUAUUUUUCUCUUACCCAGUGAGCGAUAAGACAUCUGGGUCUCGAUAUCAAAAAUGCGAAAGUGUUAACGAAACGUCAUUGACCAUAUGAACGUAAGAGUCGCAAUCGGUAUAUAGCACAAACAGUAAUCGUGAAAUUAUUGUAAGUAACUUGUCCAAUAUGCUUAGCUAAACAUGGUUGUAUAUGAGCUUUUUACUAAUAUACAAAAUGCAGAGUGUGAAUUUUAGGCCACAUCUGUUGACGACAGAAGUCAUGGAACUUUAUGGGAUAGUGCCGUGAGGAUUAACGUAUGUUUGGUAGAUGAAGGCUACGUUUGAUGCAUUAAUGAACUGUACAAAUUCCGCAAUGGAGCUCGCGUCCGAAGAAAUCGGUGCGAUCCUUCAAUAGACAAAGGGAUCUCUACUAAGGUUUAGUUUAACUAAGUGUUUAACAUUAGAAUCGGAGAAGCUGUCGAAGUACACAAAUCUGAUAACACGUCCCUGAAAGUUACACACAUACAUAAUAAAAAGAAAAUACAAAAUACGGAGUAACAAAAAACAACCAAACUUGUUCUUACGUUAUUAUUUAGCGCAAAUAGUCUUUCAGUUAGUACUGUCAAAAAGCAGUCGUGUCUUACUCAAAUGGCAAAAUAUAUUCUACAUGUAGACAUGUUUGUAAUGACACAUCGUUUUAACAUAAUCUUUAUUAUAUGCGAAUUGAAGAACAUAUGACUAUAUUAUAUAACUGUUGAAACGAUAAAGCGAGAUACGUUUGUAACGUAUGUAAGUUUCGGUAAUAAAGCACAAAAGAAAUGGAUAUUAGGACUGAAGUGAAACAAUCCGCUUCAUCCAUUU